CUAUUUCAACUUAAAAACUGUUGUUCAAGAGAUUUCAUUAAUAUUUAAGUUAAUCAUUUAAACUUAAAUUAUAUUUUAAAAAUCUAGUUAUAUUUUGUAUAACUUCAGUUCUGCAAAACACAACUAGACUUUUUUGAAGUCAGUUUAAUAUAAUUUAAGCUCUUUUGAACUACAAUUUUUAAGGAGAAUUUUUCAGUGUAAUCCACAUAAAUCCUUCUUAUCCAGCAAUCAGACUACCCUCUCACUCAGGUUGCCUUAAUUUGGUCAGGCCAUGAAAACACGUUCACGUAACACUGUAAGGAAGAAUUUUCUGUCAUUAGCCGAGAAAGAUGCCGUGGAGCUGUCUGAAAUAACUGAUUUUGUGAAGCAGAAUUGCAACUCACUGAUUCCCCUUGAGAAACCAAAGAAUACUGCUUUUAGAAUCUGUGGGCAGGAUGGAACAGUCUACACUGGGAAUGAAGAGCAGCUUGAAGCCUGGAAAGAUUUUUAUCUGCCAGAAAGGAUGGAGAUGGAGGUAAUCGGUGCCAUUGAUUACUUCCCAUGUGACGCCUUUGGCCUGCAGUUGGUACUGUUGUUUUGUGAGGAUGGGAAGAUUUAUGCUUAUGAGGAUGAAGUCUUGCACCUUGUAGCCAUGAAUUUGGGGGAUCUGCUCCAGUCUGGGAUGGUCUUUCCUGGAAUUGAGACAUUCAAGCUUGGAGAAUGUUUUGAAGAACCGACUGAGGAAGAAUACAGUGAAAUGAUGGAAAGUGAAGAAAUCAAAGCAAUAAGGGAAUCACAUCAAACAUUCAGAGAAACUAUGGAGCUUGAAUUACUGAACACCCUCAAUGAGAUCAAACAGAGUCGAAAUGAUCCCCUUGAUGUGCAAAAGCAAAAGGAUUCAAAGGAUAUCACUUCAAGCACAGAGAAAAGAGUUCAAGAAAUAAAAAUAUCAUGCAAAGGCAAUGUGGGUAAUGAAACAGUUCCUCGCCCUUGCAAUGCUGUUACCAAGUGGCCUUUUUCGAACCAAGAUGUAAUGCGAUUUAUUCCAUUUAAAUCAGAAGGGGGCUCUCACACUUUAAAAAAUAGAAGGCAAAUAGCACUUUAGUUAUUAUCUAUAAUUAUUUGUCAUGGAUAAUAUCAUAUAUCAGAAAAUAGUUAAAGAGAAUCUUUUUUCAAUGAGAGGUACAAAAGGAAGGUGGGCUUUAGGAUCCGGCAGCAAACCUCUCUCUUAAACGUUUACUUUUGAGAUUUUAUUCUCCCCUGUAACAAAACAUUUAGAGGAAUUUUAAGGUGAACUUUUUUAUAUUGAAGAGGCUGUAAAAGGCACUAAGUUGGUUGAUAUUGCUUAACUAUUAAACUAUUGUACCGAAUAUGCAGAAUUUUCUUCCAUUAACUAAAAUUAUUUUGUAAUCAGCUGCAUGCUGCCGAUCAGAUUAUUUCACAACUGACGAAUAUCGAAUGUCUAAACUAUUACAAUUAAAUUCUUUAUGCAUGGGAAGAACUUUGUACCAAACCACUGGUCAUUACUUAAACAAAAAGCUAUCAUGCAUGUCACCUGUAAAAAUAAUUACUAAUCCAUGGACCUUUAAGAACAUUUCAGUUGUAAAAUAUUACAUUUUAAAUGUCUGUGCAAAUGUGAUAAAACUUGGAUAAAUGGAUAAAUGGAAACGUGAAAAAUGAAAAUUCUGUUAUAAUUUACCCUUAUGCCGUUCCAAUCCAAACAAUUACUAUAUUUUGUUACUUUUAUGCUUGAAUGCUUUGACUCCUUUACAUUUAAUUAUAUAAGCAAAAACUUCUAAGACAUUUUUAUGUAAGGAAGUCAUAUGACCAUUGUCUUAAAACAAAUUAUCGUCUUUCUUUCAUAAACUGUACCAUGCUUUUGGAAGAUUGGUUUGUGUUUUAUUACUAUAGUUUUCAGAUAUCAGAUGUGUGUGAUUACACAAAAUCUCAUGUUACUUUGUGUCAAAAUAUGGCAAUAUUCUUGUUUUCUGUAAUUAUGGGAAUGAAAGCAAAGCUGAGUAAAACAAUACUGUUUUGUCUUUUCUGGUUGUUAAAAGCACAAGAACAUUAAGAACAUCUAUGUUUGUUUCCAUGUGUGUUUUACAUGUCCUGUUUAUUUUUAUACAUUUUUAACAACAAUAAUGUGGGACAUACACUGUUUGUAAUGACUGCAGCUGUGAAUUAUAUUUUGUAAUUGGAAACUGAAUGGAAAUAUGAAGAUGGAAAAUAAAGAACCACAUACCA